AUGGGCUACGGUGAGCUCGUCAAGGCACGCCAUAACCAUGGCGUGAAGUAUGUCAUUGGCUCUGCUGGUGGCUCAGGAUCAAAUGCCGUCUUCGAUAUGAGCACCAGGAUCAUCAAAGAGCUCUUCAAAGAGAAUGUCUCUCGUCCUAUGAAGGUCAUUAGCGUCUACGCCGAGCUUCUCAAUUAUCUCGUUUGUCUGAGGCUUGCUGGCGGCCUGGUCAGUUCUUGCAUAGGCGGUGUUCCUGGACUGCAGAAGGAGGAUGUCGACGAUGCAAUCAACAUUGUCGCCCAGAUGGGUAUCAAGCCAUACGUCAAAGCCAGCAGGAAACCCCCGAUGUCGAUCUCGUCAUAG